UCUGUCUCUCUCUCCCUCCCUCUGUCGAACCGGAUCGUUCAGUUGAAGCAGCUGAUGCAGAUGAAGAUGAUGAGGAUGAAGAUGUGAUGCUGUGUAUCUGCAACAGUCUUCAUCGUCUGUGUGUCAUGCAGCUCAACACCUCCUCCUCUUCUUCGUCUCCUCUGGACUCUCUGGAGGACGGCGGGAGCGUCUCCCUGCUGAACGGCUCCGGUGCUCUGGGCUCCGGUGGUUCCGGUUCGGUGUCCAGCUCUGUCGCGUCCUCAGCGGCUCUCAUCUCGUCCAUCUACUCGCUGGUGUGCGUGGUGGGUCUGAGCGGGAACUCCAUGGUGAUCUACGUCAUCUUCCGGUACGCCAAGAUGAAGACGGCCACGAACCUGUACCUGCUGAACCUGGCGGUGGCGGACGAGCUGCUGAUGCUCAGCGUGCCGUUCGUGGUGACGGCCGCGCUGCUGCGCCGGUGGCCGUUCGGCGCGGCGCUGUGCCGCCUCGUGCUCAGCGUGGACGCCAUCAACAUGUUCACGAGCAUCUACUGCCUCACGGUGCUCAGCGUGGACCGGUACAUGGCGGUCGUGCACCCGCUGCGCGCGUCCCGGUACCGGCGGCCCACCGUGGCCAAGCUGGUGAACGUAUGCGUGUGGCUGUUCUCGCUCGUGGUCAUCCUUCCCAUCAUCCUCUUCUCCUCCACCGCCCCGAACUCAGAUGGCUCGGUGGCCUGCAACAUGCAGAUGCCGGAGCCGGAGAGGCGCUGGAUGGCAGCGUUCGCGGUCUAUGCCUUCCUGAUGGGCUUCCUGUUUCCAGUUCUGGCCAUCCUGCUGUGCUACGCGCUGAUCCUGAGCCAGCUGCGCGCGGUGGCGCUGCGGGCUGGCUGGCAACAACGCCGGAAGUCUGAGAGGAAGAUCACGGUGAUGGUGACGGUGGUGGUGUCGGUGUUCGUGGUGUGUUGGAUGCCCUUCCACGUGGUGCAGCUGGUGGGCGUCUUCCUGCAGCGCCAUGACCCAAUCCUGAGCCAGCUCGCCGUUGUCCUUGGUUACGCCAACAGCUGCGCCAACCCGCUGCUCUAUGGCUUCCUGUCCGACAACUUCCGCCGCUCCUUCCAGAGGAUAUUGUGUCUGCGCUGGAUGGAGGUCCCCGAGGAGCCCCUGGACUACCUGGACUACAACAGCACAGCCCUGAAGAGCCGCAGACUCAGCCUGGACCAGGACCAGGACCGGGAAGACUCAGAGUACAGGACCAGGACCUGUCCGCCCCCCAACACCUGCUCUAGGAUGUAGUCUGGACCCUGAUGGACUGCCAGGAUUUAAAGGACCAGGCUGUGUUUUAAGUCUUGGUUCUACUGGUUAUGUGUAACUGACGGCUGUAAGCUGAUUGGUUGAUCCAACAUCCAGUCAGACACAAAACAUGAACGUCUGUGACUUUUACAGGGACAUGAUGACAUCAUGACGACUCAGACAUGUUCUGAUGUCACACUGAUGAAGUCACACCAGUGAAGCAUUCAGGCUUCUGCAGUUUAUGUUUACAACAUAAACUACUUCCCGUUGCCUCCCCUGCUGGAAAACCCAGCAUAGACCAGACCUGGUCUUGGACCUGGUUUUGGUGCUGGUCUAUGCUGGUUUUUCCAGGUUUUUGCUUGUAGCUGCACCACAGCAGGAAACGUCAGAGGGCAGAUUUCAGUCUAACUGCAGAUUAAAGGGUCACUCCACCAGUUCUAAGCAGUAAAGUGUGUUUCCAGAUGUUGGGUGCUGCAGAUGUGAUUACAGUAGCAUAAAGCCUUUACUGGCUCCACGUCUGAUGUCACAUGACUUUAAGUUAUCACGAGAGCAAAGUGGCUGCAGAGCAGGUGAGCAGUUGCUCUCCAGGUGCUGCGUGAGUCUAGACCUUCAUGACGUCAGGACUUUGACCUAGUUGGCUUUUAUCUACAUUGACGUGUAUGACAUGUGUUUCCAUGAAUUUCCAAAUCCAUAAGCACCUCUUUUCUACUCAAACAUCACAUACUGUCAGAUAAGUAGCAGCCGUGUGGCUGCAGCUGCGGGACAGUCAACAUGAAGAAACCUAUAAAAUCCUUCAUGUAACAACAACCCUGAAGAUCAGAAUCAGAAUCAUUUUAUUGUCAUUGCACAGUGUACAACGACAUUUUAGCAGCAUCCAGUUAUUCACACAACACAAAUAGAGUAAGAAGAACAAGUAAAAAGUACAAGGCAUUAGUGCAAAGUAAGUAUAUUAAAAAAGUAAAACUAAAUAGAUAAUAUGUGAUGAUGAUGUCAUCAAUAAAUUGCUCAGUUCUGUCAUCUGUGUUUUGCAUGCAGACAACAGGUUCAACUGAAGUGUUUCUGUACGAUCCACUCUUAUUGGCCCUUUCUGUUCCCGUCACGUAGAGAGUGUCCGACUUCAUAGCAGCGUUUGUAGCCCCGCCCUGCAGUCGCCAGCAGAUCUCGCUGCUGCAGGCGGUCAGCAGGAGUUCAACUUGAAUGCGCCUUUUAUUCACGUAUGCCGAUGAGCUCCUGAACUGGUGGAGCGUCCCUAUAAUGUUCUCCUUCAGGUGUCUGCGCUGAAGCUCCACCCCCUGCUCUGACUCAUACAGGUGUGACUGUAACAACAGGGCUGCUGCUUUGUGUCAGUAUGGAUGACCUCUGAAUGUAGAGGUCAGUCAGCUGUUGAUGUUUACAGUAAUCAGGUGGUGAUGUCAGCUGUGAAACAAGCAAUCAGACUCUUUUUAAAGAAAAAUAUCUCUCUGCCACA